CACAACGUUCAAAUUCGUUUGCUACGCUCACGAGAGCGGACGUGCAGUGCGGAAAAAUCCGAAAAAAAAUAUCAGACAAAAGCCCCCAAGACCCCAGAUCCAAACUAUAUACAAAAAACCAAACAACACGAAUCGCUCACGAAAUUAACUUGAAACAAAAACCCAAAUUAAUAUCGCGUUUGUUGCUUGCGGUUGUGUCUCGUUUGCAUUUAAAUUAACGGAAAAACUACGAAAAAAUUACAUAAAAAGAAAGCCCAUUAAAUUGAAAACUUGUGUCUUAACAAAGUGUGAUUUAACUAUACAAAAUUCGAUAGAUAAAAAUUAAACUGAACAUAAUCGAGUGCGAAAUGGAGAAGAACAAUAACAACCUGCCCGCCGAGGAAGUGCAGAUUUUGUCCAAUGGCAAUGGAGCGGUCCACCCUAAAAAGGAGGCAGAGGUUCCUGCUGCGGAAGGAUGGGGUCACUUCCUAUGGAAUACCUGGGAUGCCUUCGCGGACGUGGCCUGGUUCAUCAUCUGCUGCAUUGGAUACAUCCUGCAGGAUCUCUACUACAUUGCCUUCGGCUAUCCCGAAAAGGAGCUCAGCACAGACAUUGCCCUGAUCACAGGUGGUGGCAAUGGACUGGGUCGUCUUCUGGCCGAGAGACUGGGAAAGAUGGGAACCAAGGUCGUUAUCUGGGACAUCAACAUGAAGGGCAUUGAGGAAACCGUUCAAAUUGUCCAGAAAGCUGGCGGCUAUUGCAAAGGAUACGUGGUGGAUAUUUCCAAAAAGGAGGAAGUUUACAAGGCAGCGGAUGUCAUCAGGGAAGAAAUUGGUGAUAUCACUCUGCUGAUCAACAAUGCGGGCGUUGUAUCGGGUCUGCCCCUUUUGGAAACACCUGACCAUCUGAUCGAGCGCUCCUUCAAUGUGAAUGUCAUGGCACACUUUUGGACGACAAAAGCGUUUCUGCCCAAAAUGAUUGAGAAUGAUCGAGGACACAUUGCCACGAUUGCCUCGCUGGCCGGCCAUGUGGGCAUUAGCAAAUUGGUCGAUUACUGUGCGAGUAAAUUCGCAGCCGUUGGCUUUGAUGAGGCUUUGAGGCUGGAGCUGGAAGUCCUUGGCCACUCGAACAUCCGAACCACCUGCAUCUGCCCCUUCUUCAUCCAGGCCACUGGCAUGUUCGACGAUGUGAAUGCCAGAUGGGUCCCCACGCUGAAUCCCAACGAUGUGGCCGAUCGUGUCAUUGUGGCCAUCAGGAAGAACGAGAAACUGGCCGUCAUUCCCGGCUUCCUGAAGGCCCUUCUCUCCUUCAAGUGGACCUUCCCCUGGGGCUGUGUGGGUGGUUUGCUGAAGCGCCUGGUGCCCGACGUCCCCCACGGCCUGCCCAGCUCCAUCGCAGCCGCCGUGCCGGCGAACUCCACCAGCUCCAAGUCCAAAUCAACGGCCGCCGACAUCGCCGCUCUGGAUGCUGAACUUAGUAGCGUUACCCUGCCGGCGAAGCCACCCUCGAUGCUCAUCCAAAGGACACCGUCGCUGGGGGAGCGUGUCCUUUGAGCGGCCCACACGAACACCACGCACCGCCCCCCACUCCUCUGUUGUUAUUUCCACAUUAUAUAUCGUAUAUAUUUUUUGUUUCCAACGCUCUGUGUGCAUUUUAUGAG